CAACAUUCAAUGCCGUUACCUUACGUCACUUCCUUCCCACGUGAAACGCUCUGUACAUGUGAGGAGAAGUAUCUUUAUUCGUUUACUGCAUUUUUAUUCAAGUUUAAAGGCCACUAGAUCACCUACUGCUUUUUUAAUGAUUAUCGAUAGCAGCACUAUGGAGUCUGAAGAUGAGGAAUCUCUGCUCGGGCAGGAGUCUGAGGAUGAGAACAGUGAAUUAUCAGACAAUGCGCUUCAAGAAGCUUUCGCAAAGGGGUUGUUGAAACCAGGGAUGAACGUUUUGGUGGAUGAACCCAAAAAGCUUGUCAACAAUUUGGAGGGUUUGAAACAAUGCCUCGCUGACUUCCGUAAAGACCUUCCCUGGUCGGAGAGGUUGGAUAUGACCAAUCUGCCAGCUGAAGACAUUAUUUACAAAGCAGAAGGGAAAACUCCAAAUGUGAAAAAUGGAGAUGUCAAUGCAGAUGAUGAUUUCCAGAGAGAGAUGUUUUUCUACCGUCAAGCUCAAGCUACAGUUCUAGAUGCGUUGCCUCUCCUGAGCAAACACGGCAUACCAACCAAGAGACCUGAUGAUUACUUCGCAGAGAUGGCCAAGUCUGAUCAGCAAAUGCAGAAGAUCAGGAAAAAGCUUAUCUCAAAGCAGUUGAUACUCGAGAAGUCAGAGAAGGCCAAGAAAUUGCGAGAGCAAAGGAAGUUUGGCAAAAAGGUCCAAGUAGAAGUUAUUCAAAAGAGACACAAAGAGAAGAAAGCUAUGAUGACUGCUGUGAAGAAAUACCAGAAAGGAAUGACCGACAAACUGGAUUUCUUGGAGGGAGACCAGAAGAAGGGUAAAGAGCCUGCUCAGAGCCAAAACAAAGUUCCAAACAAGAAGGGCCCCAAUGCCAAGAGGAAAUAUAAGGACCAGAGGUUUGGCUUUGGAGGCAAAAAGAAGGGAAAGAAGUGGAACACCAAGGAGAGCCACAACGAUGUUUCCAGUUUCCGCGCGAAAGUCGCUCAUGCAAAGAGCGGCAAGGGGGGAAAGAAAGGUGCCAAAGGAGGAAAUCAAAAUAAACGGCCAGGCAAAAAUGUACGCAAGAAGAUCAAGUCUCGCUCUUAAAAACUGACUGAGGCGGGUCAAUAGGCUGGACUUGGACCUUGUUUCUAGGCAGAAUCCCCCUCACCUGCACCCCAAUCUGCCCUCCAUAUACAUCAUUAGACUUUUAGGAGAACGUGAACUUGAAUUCUAAACUUUUAGUAUUACAUGUCUUUCGUUAAAUAUGUCUGGAUUGAUAUGGAGGACCCUUCAACCCACACAGAGACAGAGACCUCCUGCCAUAUUGCUAGGGCAGCUAUUUGAAGGACAUUGCUGUCGAAUGGUAAACCCAAGAGUGGACUACAUAGAGUUAAAAAAUGAUAGCAAUGUGUACACCCGCCUUGAUGCUGUAUAACCUACAGAGUGCGUGCUCUCUUCAGAGUUUGUUGUGUUCUGUUUUAUUUUUUUCUAACUCAGCUUCUUGACUCAUUGAUUCUUUCAUGUGACAUGACAUUUUAUAUAUUGAGCGCCUGUUCGUUUUGCCCUUUACUGUUCAUUAUAAUGAUUAGUAUGUGAUGGGCAAGGGUGUUUCAUAUAGACCUGUGCAAAUGUUUUCCCUGCAAAUGAGUUUUGUUUGCUUGCUAACAUUAAAAUUCACCAUGCAGCCUCUAGUACCUGUAUGUAAACAAAUAAAUUGAAACAUAGGUUGCUUAUUGUA